UCUGGACAUCAAAUUUUUAAAAGCGUAAUAGACGUUUUAUCAAAUCUAAUGCCACAAUAUAUUACGUGGCCAAAUGCAGAUGAGUGUCAAAUAUCCAGCAAUAUAUUUAAAGCUCGCUCACGUGGUUUUUAUGGCGAUAUAGGUGCAACAGAUGGAUGCCAUAUUCCGUGCAAACAACCUAUAGGAAAUGCUAAUGAUUCCUAUAAUCGCAAAGAUUUCUAUUCUAUUAUAUUGCAAGGAGUAUGCAAUCACAAAGGACAAUUCAUAGAUUGCUACAUUGGUAUGCCAGGACGUGUACAUGAUGCCAGAGUGUUUAGACGAAGUCCAUUAUUUGAAACUCUAACAAAUAAUGUCAUAUCAGAAAAAUUUCAUUUGAUAGGAGAUUCGGCAUAUCUCUUAUUAAUAAAUUUAAUGGUGCCAUUUAAAGACAAUGGUCACUUAAGAGCUGCACAAACACGUUAUAAUGAUAAACUAAGUUCUAUUCGAAAUAUUAUCGAACGAGCCUUUGGAUUAUUAAAAGGAAAAUUUAGAAAGUUGAAAUAUUUAGAUAUUGCUGAUUUCGAACUAGGAAAUAAAAUAAUUGCAGCGGCUUGCACACUGCAUAAUUUUAUAAUUAACAGAGAUCGUAUAAAUGUGGACUUCGAGGACUAUUUGGAAGAUUUUUUACAUGAAGAAGAAGAAAAUGAAAAUGUAGAAGAAAUUUCGGAAGCUGUGCAAAAACGUUUGCGUCUCGUUAAUGAAAUAUAA